CAACUGCAUGCGAGGGGAGAUAAGGGCUCCGUGGAACUUUCCGCCGAUCGAGCUGGACCGCGUUGUGCGUGCACAUUAUCAUUUAAAACUUUCAUGGGAGAUAGACCAAAAGGAGAGGAAAGAUCCUCGGGUUGGGACACUUUGAUUGCCAAGGCUUGGGAGAACUUAGGCAGCACCACAGUGAAGUAAGGCUUAUUGUUCUUUGAUAUGGAAGCCGGCUGAAGGCACUCGAGAAAGCGCUUUCCUCUAUUGAUCUCUGAGGGGGAACAUAUUCUGAGCGUAAACAAAAGUUUUGAAGAAGAUUUAAGCCAUUACCACUGGGCCUCUCGCGGUGUAUCACUGAGCGGAAAUGCCUCGACCCUACCGAAAUAAGAUCGUCCCACGGCAAAUUUCCGACAUUGGAGCCUUCAUCUUUGUCACUAUCAUGAUGCCUUUGACGUUUGCCUAUGAGGUCAAGAUAGUUCUCCCGGACUUGUACGAAGAUUCCCCCAUCUUCCAUUACUUCCACAUCUCCAUGGGUUCGAUUUUGCUGUUCAACAUCCUGGGUAACUUCUGGCAAUUGUGGCUCACGGAUACAAGCACCCGACACGUGAUCCUACCAUCGGUCAUCAAGCAGAAAUGGGACUUUUGCGCCUCUUGUGAGGCGGUUCAGCCUCCGAGGGCGUGGCACUGUUCGGUGUGCGGCAUAUGUGUUUUGAAGCGCGAGCAUCAUUGCAUGUUCGUGGGGUAUUGUAUUGGCCAUCGCAAUCAUCGUUACUUUUGCAUGUUCCUCUUCUACAUGUGGCUAGGAGUGUGCUAUUGCACCUUUUUCAAUACCAAGUUCUUGCAAACCCAGAUGACGUUCACGUGGAACAUCUUGCCCAAGUUCAUUUUCCCGCUCAUCAGUUUGAUCACGUUUGACAUGUCCUGGCUCCAAGUCUACAUCUUCUUUUGGAGUGCUCACUUUGCUGCCAUGCUCUUGUGCACGGUACUCCUGUUGUACCACUCCAAUUUGGUGCUGCAGGGUCGGACCACUCACGAAAAUAACACCCGGAAGAACGCCUACAAUUUGGGAUGGAAACAGAACUUGACCGAGGUGUUUGGCGAGAAGUGGAAACGGGCAAUGAUGUUUCCUUUUAUUGCCAGCAAGUUGCCUCAUGACGGCGUCAACUGGGAUACCCGUGAUUCCUGGCACCUGAACGGUCCGAAAAGUAGAUGAGGAUUAGAGUUGACUUCAUUGUUCUACGGUGAAGUUGACGCCUCGAAGGUCCGAAUCACCGAGACCGCCAAUCCCAAUGGUUUGCCCGUGUUCAACCAUAAGGACCCCAAAGAGUGGUUCCAAAAACGGGCCAAUUACAUCAAGAUGGAUUAGGAACAUGAUUAACGGAAAGUACGUUUUGUAAUUAAUGAUCUCGGGAAUUUUAAUUCUCAACUUUGCAAUAACUUGAAACUGUUGGGUAUACCCAAUUAAAGGAGACGUUUUUUUGUCGCUCACAA